GUUGAAGUUUGUGGAGGUCGCCUUAUAAGAAGGAAUCAAAACAAUCAAGAAGGUUUACUGCCGUUGGUGUGGCAGCUCGGCAGUAAGAAACCUGAAAUUUCUGGAAACAUUUACAAAGUGCUAUAAAAACUUUGUCACAACAAUGUUGAGCUGGGUUUUAGUUUUACUUUUUCUGAUGUCGGAGACUGCCGUACGAGGAUCCCCAACUCCCGAUGGCAGCCUUUCUUUAGAAGUUGGCGCCUCCCUUGAAACUUCGGCAAGCGUGAGUGUCGCUGCUGGUUUAAAUGAAACGCUUAAAAUCCAGCUCAGCGAACGCAAAGACUCUUCAGUUUACCAAGGGCCUUCCGAAUGGAGCGACGAUUGUGACUGUCGUUUAAAUGACAACGCUUACUUCGAUGACAUCUUAUACAUGGAAAGACGGUACCAAAAUUUCCUAUGUGUUCGAGAUUUUCAUAAGGACAAGGAAACCGGAACUGAACAAUUUUACAACCACGGUCCCGAAAGCGAAACUACUACUCAAGAAAAUGAACGAGCAUUUCAGAGGUUACGUUUAAGACCUAGAGUUCUGCGUGGUGUUGGUGUUCGAGAUACUACAACUCAAAUCUUAGGUGAUGAUGUUUCUUUCCCUCUUGGGAUUGGUUCAGGGCCUACUAAUGCACUGGAAUUGGUGGAUCCAGAUGGUGAAAUUGGAGUAGCAAGGGCGGCGGAGUGCGAGGGUGUUCCAUACAUCGUCAACGCCUUCUCGAGCACAGAUAUCCAAGAGAUAGCACUGAGAGCUCCUCAAGCCAACUUGUGGCAGGAGACCUACAUGUUUUUUGACAAAAGCAUCACACAAAGCAUUGUAGAAAGAGCAGAAGCAGCAGGCUGCAGAGCCAUUGUCGUCAGUGUAGGCAGCCCGGUUGCGUGCAAUCAUGUAUUGUCUCUUCAUAACCAUUUAGUCGUACCUGAAUACAUUCGACUUCCAAACAUCGAAAAUGACGAAUCAAACGAAGGUUUCGAACAUUUAAACAACUUGGAAGAACAAUAUCUUGAUGAUGAUUUUGGAGGAAACACAAGAAAUAAUUACCGACGACACCGAGGGCUGCCGAGAAUUGAGCUUGUGAAAGGGAAAGGUUACUUCAAAACAGUCAAGGUGGAUCAGAAAUAUGAGAAGUAUGAGCGGUGCAUUGGUUCGUUUCUUGCCCCGAGGUACUACAACUAUCUGAUAAAUCCCGCAGCAACUUGGGAUGACCUGCGCUGGAUCAUUACUCUGACUGAUCUGCCAGUCGUAGCUCGAGCGAUACAGACUGGUUGCGACGCCAUCAGAGCUGUUGAAAACGGUGUAAGUGCGAUUCUUGUUAGCAACAAUAAUGGCGGAACAGUGGACACUGCUCCAGCUUCGAUCGAAGCUCUUGCCGAAGUUUUGGAAGCUGUGGACGUGUACCAAAACAUCGAGGUGUACAUGGAGGGAGGAGUGCGAUGGGGAACUGACAUUUUCAAGGCUUUAGCAAUGGGAGCCGAUGCAGUUUUUGUAAGCAGACCUAUCGUUUGGGGCCUGUCGCAUAGCGGUAAAUGUGGAGUCAGAAGAGUUCUUCAGCUGCUCCGAGAUGAAUUUGACAGAGACAUGGCCUUCAUGGGAGUAAAAUAUGUGAACGAAAUUACCUCUACCAUGUUAGUUAGCGAAAACUAUUUCGCCAACAGAUACAAGCCCGAUGAUGUAGAUGCAAAGAGCAAGGCCCGUGAAGACGCACUUGAGUGUCCAUUUGGCUACGAUUACGAUGAGGGCUAUCAGCAAGACCUGAAGGACGUAAACGAUCUCAACUUGAUUAAGAGAAACGGGAAAUAUCGCACAUAUCUAUAGGGGAUAUGCAAUUCGCUUUCGGACUUUCAUUGCUGACUUUCGUUGGAGGGGAGAGUAGUAAUGAAGGGAACAUGGAAUUGAAUGGGUAACUACUAGUUUCCGUAAAUGCACUUUGAAAACAUAUAUAUAUAUAAAUUGAAAGAAGUAGGGAUUAAAGUCAUCUGGUAAAAUCAUUGUUCUACUGUGUUAGCCCAUUUUCAUCUGAGAUAACAAUUAAAGCAAGUAUACUUUUGAAAAGUAAGAUUUUAAUGUGUUUCUAGAAUACCUCUUACAAAACAGAGUAUUCUGAACCUUCAGUUAUUUUGGAGGUUUCAUGUCGUUUAUUUCGUUACCAACUAUAAGAUGCAUCUUGAUUUAUUUUUUAUCCUUUUUGUUUCAUCGUUUUUAACACAUUAUUCUAGUUUAGUUUUAAAUAUUCUAUUGAUUUUAGAAACCAUCUAGACAGCUGAUUGAGUUUUCCAAGAAAGCAAAAACUUUUAAUAAUAAUUACAAGUUUCAAAUAGAAUGGCAUUUUUAUUUCUUUCUGAUAAAUAUGCAAGCAAAAUACUCAUUUAUCCUUUAUUCAUGGUAGAAACCAUCGUAUAAUUAAAGAUAACUUUUUAGUAGGUAUUUUUCUUAGUUUAAAAUAGUAUAUCCUUUAUCAGCAUCAGUGACCAAUUCAAUCCCAUUGGCAGGGAGGAAUGAGACUGCUAGACUUCUUAGUUUUUGUUUCUCAGUAUUUUGCGUUACGGCUGAUGUUUUUUUUUCCUUGAAAUUUAAAAAAAAUUUACAUGUUGAGGCUUUUGCGAUGAAAAUUUUCUGAGCAUUAGUAAAACCCCCUGAUCAAUUAAAAAAAAGGAAGAAAUAAAGAAAAAAGAUGCCCUUUCAUUAUCAAUCUCUGAUGAGAUUUGUAUAAUUAAUUACAACUCUUUCUCUGAUUUAUGAUAUUCAUGAAAUAUUUCAAAAAAGUGGACAAGUAAAAAUGAAAAAAAAAGAAAGAAAGAAAACUGUCAGUUUAUGUAUUUUG